CUGCAGCCAUGACGGGACCAAGACCGGUAGUUCUGAGUGGCCCAUCGGGUGCAGGAAAGAGCACUUUGUUAAAAAUGCUGCUUAAAGACUACGGCAAUGUCUUCGGCUUCAGUGUCUCUCUAGCAUUCUCCGAGUGGUAGGUGGUGUACGGACAUAUGGGAAGGCACAGUCUUUGCCCCAAAGUGAUUACAGUCUCUAAAAGAUACGUAUUACUUGAAGUUGUGAUAUUCAAUUUCAGAUGGAAAAAUGUUUAAAUGGAAUAGGAUAAAUGUAGCCCUCCCAUUGGCAGGCACUAAAAUGUAUUUGAUUGAUAAAGUCUCUCUCACUGGAUACGGUAUCCGGGAAGUUGUGCGAGAUUUAAAGGUUAACCCAAAUCUCUGACCCUUUGGUCCAAAGAAAAUGAAUCCAAAAAAGAAAAGGGAGGAGCUGAUGGAGAAAGAGGAAAGCCAAAUACAUAACUAUGUGCUGGUAGUUACAAGAAGGCCUUGCACUCAGCCUUGAAAAUGCCACGGAGGAGUUCCAGAGGAUGUCCUUAGAGGCGGAGGGGUUCCACGGACAAGGUCCCCAUGAACCCCCUGGCUUGGCCCAGUUCAUAUGGAACCUCAGGAUCGAGAAUACCACAAGGCAACCAAGAGUCGGAGAAGUGAAUGGCAAAGAGUACCACUUUGUGACCAGAGAUCAAAUGCAGAAAGAAAUUGAUGCUGGCGAAUUCAUUGAGCAUGCGGAGUUCUCUGGAAACAUAUAUGGAACAAGUAAAGCUGCAGUGCAGGCCGUGCAGGCACGGAACCAGAUCUGCGUCCUGGAUAUCGACUUGCAGGGCGUCAAGAGCAUUAAGAAAACUGACCUGAAGCCGAUCUACAUCUCUGUCCAGGCUCCGUCCAUAGAAGUCUUGGAAAAGAGACUGCGCGACAGACGGACGGAGUCCGAAGAGAGUCUACAGAAGCGGCUGAACACCGCUCGUGUAGACAUGGAACUUAGUAAUGAACCUGGCCUUUUUGACCUGAUCAUCGUCAAUAAUGAUCUACAAAAAGCCUAUUCUGAACUGAAGGAGAUUCUUGCAGAGGAAAUCCAGAAGAUCCAAGACUCCAAGAAUUCCUGAGUUCAGUCUGCUUGGCCGCCAUUCCUAACGUGCUUCACAGCAUUCUGUUCCAAGAGAGACAUUCCCUUUAGCCUGAUCCCCUUCUGAGUUACUAUGACAUUUAUAGUAAAAAAACCAAAACAAAAGCAAAACCAACCUUAUAUUUAUAUUAGCCGGGGCUUCUGCCACUUUGUGUGCGCACGCUAAAGCGUCCAGUGCUCUUCUAGGUUUGCAUGGAGAUUUCAGACAGACAGUCUGAAAGUCCCUGUACUGUAUUUCCUGAGCAGAAUUAUUCUGAAUUCACUCGUGUAGCCUGAUCGUAGAUACAGCCCAUGCUGAUACAAUCAGUGCAUGUAGUGUGUGAAACUGUAAGCAGUGGUCUCCUCCAUAGCAUUUUUGGUGGAUACUCCCUUCCCAGCCCUGGGCUGCCUGCACCAGAGGCCACCUGCAGAGGGAAACUGCUUAGUAUGACCUGACUUGAUCUUCCUCCUGCAGACCAAUAGGUUAAAGUGUGAAGUGUCAUCAGCUGGCCUGAAGUGACCAACUGAGAGAAGAGAUGCAACUGAAAAGGAAAGAGACGGGCUGAAGACAAACUCAGAGAGAGGACGGUGCUAACGCUGGUGCCCCCCUUCUCCCCACCAAAUGUUCCACUAAGGAUCAUAGAAUAUCAGGGUUGGAAGGGACCUCAGGAGGUCAUCUAGUCCAACCCCUUGCUCAAAGCAGGACCAAUCCCCAGACAGAUGUUUGCCCCAGAUCCCUAAAUGGCCCUCUCAAGGAUUGAACUCACAACCCUGGGUGUAGCAGGCCAAUGCGCAAACCACUGAGCUCUCCCCAUUGAAAGCUCCCACUCUUUCCCUUUUGUCCUUCCAUUAGGCAGUGGCUCCAGCCACCAUUCCUUUAGGUGGUUGACUGGCAUUCUCAGCGAGUCUCUCUGCUUGAUCUCGAUGCUGCUGCUGGCUAGCUCUCCUUUUAGCAGAGCUUGGGUUGCUCCAAACCUCAGUCCUCGUGCCCAGGACCUAGCCAGGUGAACUGCUGGCGUUGCUUGAAAAAAUUGGAGACCCGCUUAAUCUACCAAGAAAUAAAAUCACGUCCUGACUUCUUCUGGCUCAAAGGAGUUCCUAGGGGAGCAAUUGUUCAGCGCCUGCCCGCCCUGAAAGACUGUGGGAUGUGGUCAUAUAUGUUGUUCUGUAUGAAGGCAGUGGUGGAAAGGUUUGGGUGUUCCCAAGUUCAAUUCUUUGGGGAAUUUCUUUCCAGGCUGUGCAGCGCUUUUAUUCCUGGAAGAAAUUUAAAAUGCCCCAUUUUAUUGUCAGAACAGUUUCUGAGACCUCUCUGCCUUUAAAACUUCAGGGUUUCCCUUCAACUUGAACAUUUUAGAGCCAGCUUAAUUCUGAAAGAUCCAAACCAUUUAACACCUUUUCUCCUUGAUGGUUUUCCAAAAGGAAAAGUUGUGGUUGUACCUACCAUUCCCCAGGUUAUCCCCCUUCUCUACCACCACCUACACCCAUACGGUGAAUGGUAGAAGAGGAACGUUCUUUCAAUGUCCAUUUCCUCACAAAAAUUGCAUGUGAUCUGACAGCAAUCUUCAUCCUGGUUUCCGGGAGGUUGUUCAUUAAUUCCAAAGUUUUCCCUCUCAGGCUCAUCCCAACAUGGAUUGGGGUGGAAUUAGCAAUAUCAUCUGUGCUGGGCCCUUACAACUCCAACUGUUAAGAGGAACAAUGAGGACUGAAAUCUUGCUUUCCUGUCAUUGCCCUGAAUCUGCAGGCAGACGAGCUCUAUGUCUUAACUGAGUGAUCUCUGUAUUCCAGAAGAACUGUGUGUGUUUUAGGAGGGAAAUUUCUCACUUAUGAAUGGAGGGUUAGGGAUAGUGGGGUGGUGGUAAAAACACCUGAGCCCUGACUACCCUAAUGCUCCUACGAGUGGUGAAUUAAAGAUUUGGUUUUGUUUUUUACUUUA